AGAGAGAGAGAGAGAGAGAGAGAGAGAGAUCUACGGAAAAACAAAUCUUCGACAUUUAUUGUCAUUCCACGCCUACUCUUUUUAAGAUUUUUGUUGCAGAAAACCACUCGUGCGCUGCCGACCUCAAAACUCUGUUUUUCUUUUCUCUCUGUUUUUUCUCCUUCUCUCUCUCUAAUGGAUGUUCUUGUGGUCUAUUUGCUCUGUUCUUUCUUUCUGUAUCUGAUCUUUCUCAUCAUCUUCCCUCGUUCUUCCCGAUUCAACUUCAGGAAACUCGGUCUUCCACCAGGAAACUUAGGCCUUCCCUUUGUGGGUGAGUCUCUGCAACUCAUCUCAGCUUACAAAACAGGAAACCCAGAACCCUUCAUCGACGACAGAGUAAAUCGUUAUGGUUCCCUGUUCACAACCCAUGUAUUCGGUGAACCCACCGUUUUCUCAGCUGACCCAGAAACAAAUCGGUUCGUGUUGCAGAACGAAGGAAAACUAUUCGAGAGCAGUUACCCAUCUUCGAUCUCGAAUCUGUUAGGAAGACAUUCUCUGUUACUCAUGAAAGGUGGGCUUCACAAACGUAUGCAUUCACUCACUAUGAGCUUCGCUAAUUCCACAAUCAUCAGAGACAUUCUUCUUGACGAUAUCGACCGGUUGGUUCGGCUCAAUCUCAAUUCCUGGACCGACCAUGUAUUCCUUCAAGAUGAAGCCAAGAAGAUAACAUUUGAAGUGACAAUGAAGCAGUUGAUGAGUUUUGAUCCAGGGGAGUGGACAGAGAAGCUAAGGAAAGAGUAUUUGCUUCUUAUUGAUGGGUUCUUCUCUCUUCCUCUACCUUUCUUCUUCACCACCUAUGGGAAAGCUAUAAGGGCAAGGAAGAAGGUAGCAGAGGCACUAAGAGCUAUGGUGAGGGAGAGGAGAAAAGAAAGUGAAGGAGAAGGAGAGAGCAAUAAUAAUAAGGAGAAGAAGAAGAAAGAUAUGUUAGAAGCUUUAUUAGGUGAUGGAGAAGGAGGGUUUUCUGAUGAGGAGAUUGUGGAUUUCUUGCUGGCUUUGCUGGUGGCUGGAUAUGAUACUACCUCCACCAUUAUGACUCUUGCCGUCAAGUUUCUCACUGAGACUCCUCUUGCUUUGGCACAGCUCAAGGAAGAACAUGAGGAGAUCAGAGCAAAGAAGCAGAGCUCGUCGGCUGCACUAGAGUGGAGCGACUACAAAUCCAUGCCUUUCACUCAAUGCGUGAUUAAUGAGACAUUAAGGGUAGCCAACAUCAUUAGUGGGGUAUUUAGGCGAACAACAGCUGACGUCAAUCUCAAAGGCUACACCAUUCCUAAGGGUUGGAAGGUCUUUGCAUCUUUUCGAGCUGUCCACCUUGAUCAGAUCCAUUACAAAGAAGCUCGCACUUUUAACCCCUGGAGAUGGCAGCAGAGCAAUUCGGGUUCUAUGGGAGGAGGAAGCACAGGAACAGGGAAUGUGUUCACACCAUUCGGAGGAGGUCCACGCCUCUGCCCAGGUUAUGAACUAGCCAGAGUUGAAAUCUCAAUAUUCCUUCAUCACUUAAUCACUGGCUUCACAUGGGUUCCAGCUGAAGAGGACAAGUUGGUGUUUUUCCCCACCACCAGGACUCUCAAGCAUUUUCCUAUUAAGGUCCAACGCAAACAUAGAUUGGCUUGAUCCUCGGACAAUACCCAUUAAA